UUAAUAUUAUAUUUUUUUUUAAUUUAAUAUUUUCAUAUAAUAUAUCAUGUUCUGCACUGUAUAUUAUUAUUAUAAACGUAUUGGGUAAACACGAGUAGAAAAUAUUUAUAGAUAGAGACGUCGACGUCCUAGACGGGUAAGAGGGAAAAGGGGUUAUGCCUUUCCAAAUGACAUCGUAAAUUUAUUACGUUCUUCUUCUUAGCCCACCGAUAGAGCUGAUUAGUACUAUUAAUUCCGCGAAUCCCGUGUACGCAGAUCACUAAUUCUUCUCAUUCGACAUUUCGGUUAUUAUAGAUUAUUGUAAAAUUCCGUUAUCACUUAUCGUUUACGACUGCGGAUGACCAAUAAUAUAAUAUUACGGCUUAUCGUUUUCUAUCUGUUCACGACUGUUGUAAUGUAGUUUGUGCUCCGAGUCAGCCGCCGUCGUCGUCGUUCGUCUCCGCCGGCUAUUGGACAGAUCGACGAUUAUUAUUAUAAUUAUCAUUACGCGACGGCAAACGGUGAUAAAAAAAAAAAGUCUCAGAUCAUCCGACAACAUUUAUAAUAUACCCGGCUACAUAGAUUUUCGAAUUUUUUUUUUUUUUUUGUAAUUGUUUUGCGGUCUCGCGGACAACGCGACCGACUGGAAGUCAGUCACGUCGAUCGCCCAGUCGCACCGAUCAUUCAAAGGGCCGUCUUCUGCGACGAUUUUGUCGGCGGGCAUUUGGUUCGUCGUUAUCAAGAGCACUACGCGACUCGUCAUCGUUCGUUACGAAGGAGACUUCGACCAGAAAUUCGCCGUCCAUACACCACUAUUCGACUGGUUGCGAAGAUAUCAGAAAACUAAAAAUGUCCAAUACCGUUUAUGAAGAAUCUCUUUAUGUUGAUAAGUCUUUCAUAUCUACUUCAACAUCUUAUAGAUUUAUACAUACAACUAGUUCCAAAUUUUAUAAUGAUUCAUCGUUGAUGCCAAUUUUUUGUAAUCGUUCAUCAACAGAUCUUGGUGUUCAUAAACUUUCUUCUACCAUUCAUAGUUUAGACUAUGAUGUUUUUAAGCCAAAAGAUAGCUCCAAUGUUAAAGAUCCCGUUUCUAUUCGUGCUCCACUAUUAUCUUUGAACCAAGAACCUUCAAAAAAAUUAAAUAUAAUUUCUUGUUUCCGAAUGCAAAUGAAUCAUUCAAAUACAUAUCCUAAAUAUGAUUUUAAAUUUUCUAAAAGUAAAAAUGUUAAUUUAUAUAAAAAUAUUUAUCAUAGACGUAUUAAUUUAGAAGGACUGAAAAAAGUAGAUUAUAUGUAUUAUUUAUCAAAACGUUAUAAUUUUGUCCCUGUAACCGAGAAAAUAUUUUCAUUUAUAUAUGGAAAAGACAUUUUGGCAAUGUCUAUGGUAUCUAAAGCUUGGAAUAAUGCUGUAAAAUAUUCACCAUCAGCUAAAAGAAAGAAAAAAUUAUAUAUAACAUACAUGCAAGCAGAAAAGGAAAAUCAUGGACAUGUUGAACAACGACGAUUCUGUUUACAGAAUAGAAGAGUCUUUGGUGAUAUUAGUAAUAUCAUGCGUCGUCAUUAAAAUUAAAUGGAUAUUCAAAAGUAUAUUAAAUCAAUAUUUCAAUAAAGUUCCUUACAAGUGAACAAUUGUCAUUAGUAUGUAGUUCUAUUACCAAAAUUUAUCUUUUAGUGCUCGAAGUAUGCACUUCAAAAAAAUUCUUUGUAUAAAAUGUAUCAUUAUAUAUAUUAUGCUAAUAUUGAAUAAUAUUAAUAUCUGUGAAUAAUGAAUAAUGUAAAUACCAUAUUGAAUAAUAAUAUUUUAC